GUCCCCGUUGCUCAGUUGCCGUGGAGCGCGUUACCAGGGAGACGGAGGAGGAAGAAGGGAAGGAGGCCGCUGCUGCCGAGGCCGCCACAGCCACCGCCGGAGGAGCAGCAGCCGCAGCAGCAGCCGGACACUGAUGGUGGCGGACAUUUGAAAGAAUGGAUUAAGAAAGUACCACAGUGGUUUGCAUCAUAAGUCUGAAGAUGACCACCUCCCAAUAAAACCAGCAACACUGGAGCAAGGAACAUGGCAAAGUGAGGGGAUAAGUGUUCUGGAGGGAAGAGCUCGGUUGCUUUCUCACAGCACGUGGCGAAGUGCAGGAAGGUUACCAUGGUAACCGUCAUCACAGAGCAGCUACAGAAACAGAGUUUGGAUGACCUGACUUGUAAAGCCUUUAAUAUUAACCUGCCUCUGCCUGACAGUGCAAACAAAGAUAGUUGCUGGAAUCCAUACCGGUUUAUACCAGAGGAAAGGAAGUGGAAUGUAUUUGACACUUCACAUGCUGAAUUGCCAAUGAAUAUGGGGUUCCCUUCAUUCACAAGCUACAACCUAAAUAGCAUCAACUCCUCCAGUCCGAGCAAAUCCUUGUGUACAGGACCAGCAACAACUAUGUGGAUGGGUCACGUGACGAGCACGUCGGUGGGCAAUUUAAGUGACUUGCAAUUCUCUGAGAGUUUUGCCUCGCUGCCAGAUCCACCAACCAAAAGGCACUGUCGCUCGCUGUCUGUGCCGGAAGACCUGUCACGCUGCAGGUCUCUGUGGAAGCCAGUGGGCUCCAAGGUGUGGACUCCUGUCAAGCGGCGUUGUAACAGUGGUGGCAAUGCAGGUCCGCAGCUCAAUAACCUAACUCAGCGCCCCACCAGCCUUGGUCUCCAGCAGUUGCCCAACUCUGGCCACUACUCAAACACCAGCAGUUUCACUUUUUCCAGCCUCACAACAUCCCCUGAAUCCCCAUUACCAUGGAUGCUGUCGCCAAAUAGCCAUACCACAGAUAUUGGCGACAGAACUUUUCUGGGCGUGCAGUGCAUUUUGCCUGAGCAGUGCACAUUCAUUCCUCAAAGGCGCUUCUCACUCUCCCCAGUGCACAUUCGGGAAGCAGCAAGAUGUCUGCUCUCAGCCAAAAGUACACCUUCCUCUACUCCAGAGAUGAACCGUCGGCAGCAAGGCCUGUUGCGGAGUCACUCCCAGCCCUGCGACUUAAACGAACGCAAGUGUGGUGUAAAACGGAGGCAUGAUGAGGAUGUUCGAUGGACAAGGCCGACCUUAGACUUCUUCAAAAUGAACCAGAAGAGGAACCUGAACAGUCCUGCCUGCCUUGAACUGAAGGAGAGGAAGCCCGUAAAGGACCAGUCUCCUGUUCCCAUCUCCGACACCUUCAAACUGGACUCUGUUUGCCUGACAUCGAACAGCCAGAUUGAAACACUGAGUGAAAGCGACGAAGAGGAAGAUCCCAAGAGUUCCCGUGACAGCACAGAAGCCAUCCCAUUCCAACGUUCCUGUGAGGAUCUGGAUUUGGAAAUGAUUGAGGAAAACUGAACGCACUCAGUUAAGCAAAAUAUCAGGACUGUUUUUUUUAAUCCCAUCAGAACACGCCUUAAAAUGCAUCUCGUGCACAAAGUACAAGGGACACAUAAACUGUUCUCCCCACCAGAUUUUGUCUUUACACUACUUUCCUAGUUGCACAGUUAUUUUUGUGGUGAUCAUGUUGGCUGCAAUCUGUGAGCCUAGGGUAGUGGGGUGAAGAGUUUAAGUUGUCAUUUCAUUUGCUCUGCCUCUUUUCCCUCCUGCUUGUGACAAGAUGAACUGUUUAGCCUUCACUACACUCCAUCAUUUGCUGAAGCCCACUUGCAUAUUGUGCAUCAGCAGUAAACACCAGCCUGGCAUUUUCCUGGGGACCAGGUGAGGGCAAGAACCAAAAGGUGCCUUUGGAAAUUAAUGAAAGGGGGGCUGAUGAGCAGAAGCGAAGGGCCCUUGACUCGACAAUGUUGCCAUUCUCGGGGGCCCCCAUUUCACAUUAUUUACGUAAUGCCAUGAUUAAUAGGAUAGUUGGCUUCUCUCUUUCCACUCGGUACUCUCCCUCUGCGCCCCUGCGAUGGGGGAAAAGGAGCAAAAUGGAAAGCUGAGCACUAUACCUAAGCCAUUUGAUGACUUCUGAAAGGGUUAGUGCUUUUUCUCUCUCUGUCUGUCCACCCCACCCAACCUGCCCGUCCCUUCUCACCUCAUUUGGGAGCGAAGCUGCUGUACAGGAUGGUUUUAAAUUUUCUGUGAUGACAAAGCUAGCAGUGGUGAAGUGUUUACCUGAUGUGGCUGCAGCCUGGAUCACAGGGUUGGAGCAGUUGGCGGGGGUUUCAGCCCGAGUGAGAACUUGGUGGAGCAAAGCAGGCCUGAACAGCCAAUUGAGUUCACUGAUGAUCUGGUGGGUUCAUAGUGAUUGUGUGAGACAGUGUCGAUUGUGUGAGACAGUGUCUUGUUUUGUUACCUUGUGUAGACUGUAUUUGAAAAGACUAUAUUUUUGUUGUAUUUUAGGCCUUGCACCAAAUUUCUGAACCAAGAUCAAAGAUUUGCAACUUUUUGCCGAUUUUCCUUGGUCCUCUUGAAGGGUUCCUAGCAUUUCUAAUAAAUUUAAUCAAAGAUUGUGAUAAUAUAACGACCACCCUCUCUCUUUAUUCAUUGCCUUAUAAAUAAAAGAGAAACUUUUUUUGAAUA